GAUCGGACGGGGAAAAUAUGGCAAAGUGUUGCUGGUCACUCAUCGUUUCAGGGGGACUCCAAUGGCCCUGAAAGUGAUGCCUAAAGCCUCCACUAAACUGCAGGGCUUUCUACGAGAGUACUGCAUCUCCUUACACCUGUCCUGCCACCCCUGCAUUGUGGGCCUGUUUGGCAUCGCCUUCCAGUCUAAAGAGCACUACUGCUUCGCCCAGGAGUUGGUCAUUGGGAGGGAUCUUUUUGCCGUCAUCAAGCCAAAAGUGGGCAUCCCGGAGUUGUCAGUGAAACGCUGCGUCCUCCAGAUCUCCAGUGCUCUGGAGUUCAUCCACAGCCACAGUCUGGUCCACCGAGAUGUCAAACCCGAAAACAUCCUGCUKCUGGACACUCACUGCCGUCAGGUCAAGCUGGCAGACUUUGGCCUGGCCCAGAAGAGAGGAACCCUCAUACGCUUCAUCACAGGGACUUUGCCGUACAUGGCCCCAGAACUUUGCAGUGUGGCUCUGCUGGACAACCAGAAAGAGGUGACAGUGCCUCCUCUGAGCGUGGAACCCAGCCUGGACACCUGGGCCUUUGCAGUGGUCAUCUUCUGCAUCCUCACUGGUUACUUCCCAUGGGAGCGUUGCAUGGACUCGGACAGCUUCUACCAGGAGUUUGCCGACUGGUGCGAGACGAAGAAGAAAGUUUAUGUGGAGGAUGACAUCCCUCCUYUGUGGAGGAGGUUCACCCCAGAGGCUAUGGAGAUGUUCAGUCUGCUWCUGGCUCCAGACGCAGCGCAGAGGAGUUCAGCAGGAGCAGUCAGAGCGUAUGUGGAAAAAGACUGGCUGAGAAAAGACCAUGGCAACCAGCUGCUCUAGAUAAAUGUACAGAGUGUCUUUAUUUGGAGGYAUGUUCUGCAGGAAAAUACGUUGUUUAAACCAAAAAACUGAGGUAACAGUUUGUGUGUACUCACGUCAUAAUUAAAAGACAAAAAUUAUURUUCAGUUAGAAGUUCUAAUGUAGCAUACCAAAACUAGACAGCAUCUAUAUAUAAAUCUUUUUUUUUCCUUUUAGAUAAUGGAAGGUGAUGUAGUGACAGUGAUUUUCUGCCAACACCCAUCACCAUCUACAAUAACUCUUUAAAAAAUGUAAUUAAUAUGAGUUACAACRACAUUUAAUUUCUCAUAGAACAACAUUUUUGAUUCAAAAGGAUGAAUCAGAAACCCUUGAAACAAAGACAUUUGAUUUGGUCCAAAACAYGAUCUAUUCAUGUGAAAAUCAUCUCCUGAAUAGCUCAUGUGUAGCUAUUGUAUUUUUACAAGAUUAUUUUGUUUGAAAUUAAUAUUUCAAGUCUAAUAGGUGCAGUUUUGUUGUAUGUUAUGUGAAACGUGAUUUUAGUUUAAGCAAUUCACCUGGACAACAUGGAUGCUGAUCUUGCCAGCAGUAAAUUAAAAUGACCACAGGACAUUUUCCAAUUUACUGACAUUUAUGGACAACUAACUCUUGUGAACAGAAACCUUCAGUCCUGGAGUUCUUUUCUUAAAGACCCUGAAAGGUCGUUUUUAUCUUCUGUCUGAAAAAAUGUGGCUCUGAACUUUAGGGGCCUUUGAAUUUCUGUGGCCCUGAUCUCCCUUCAUGUCUGCAUCGGGUCACGGAGGGCAGGUGUGUGACUGUUGUAAAUCCUUAUUGAGAAACCUUUUAUAAAUGAGGACACACACACGCACACUUGCACACACACGCAAACACACGCACACACACGCACACACACACACACAC